UCGACGACCAGAGCUGAGCAAGAUCAUUUGUCUGAUUCCUUCUUAAAUAAUUCAAUCUUUCUAAAUCUCAGAAUUUGAUUGAAGUUAUUUCUCAGACAGAUUCUUAGAGGUUGUAGCUUUUGAGAUUACGGACAAGAAGAUGGAUGACGUUAAAGAUAAGCUAAAAGGAUUCAUGAAGAAAGUCAAUCUCUCUUCUUCCUCAGGCAAAUUCAAAGGCUCAGGUAGAGUUCUCGGAUCUUCUUCUUCUUCUGGACCCGUUAACCCGAUUCAAAACCGGUUUAACCCUCCCCAAGCUCCGAAUCCGAAUCCGACUCCUAGACCCACCAAACCUUCUCCUUCUCCUCCUCCACCGAUUGGCUCCUCUCUAGCUCCGUUGCCUGAGAAACCCAUAUCCUCCGGGUCAACGACAAAUCCGGAUCCUAACCCGGUUCGUCCUCCGCCACAAGACGGGUUCGACCCGUACGGCGCGUUGAUCACGUCUUCGAACAGAUCUCAAAACGGAUAUUCUCUCAACGUGUUCGAGUGUCCGAUCUGUGGUAAUCAUUUCAAAUCAGAGGAAGAAGUCUCCGUCCACGUAGAGAGCUGUCUCGGGAACACCAAUGGAGACGAAUCUGCAUCUGAGAAGAUUGGAAACGACGACGACAAAUCCGAAAUGGAGAAGCUUGUGGUUUUGUAUCUCUCUGGGAAACCAACAGAGAGCUCGAUUGAUGUUUUGCUUAGGUUGCUUAAGAACAUAGUGAAAGAGCCUGAGAAUGGCAAGUUUAGGAGGGUUAGAAUGAGCAAUGCUAAGAUUAAGGAAGCCAUUGGUGAUGUUGCUGGAGGCGUUGAGCUUCUUGAGCUUGUUGGGUUCGAAUUGAAAGAGGAAAAUGAAGAGAUAUGGGCGGUUAUGGAAGUUCCUGGAGAAGAACAAACUCAAUUGAUCAAGAAAGUUGUCGGAAUUUUAGAAAACAGAAAGAUUGAGAUUUCAGGAUCUUCACCUCAGGUAAGUGUAGCAGAGGAACCAGUGGCUCCAAAGAAGAUCGAUAGAGAGAUCCGUGUGUUCUUCUCGGUUUCUGAAAACGUAGCAUCGAGAAUAGAAGUACCUGAUUCGUUCUAUAGCCUCACGGCGGAUGAAAUAAAGCGAGAAGCGGAUUUGAGGAGGAAAAAGAUUGCGGAGUCACAGCUUUUGAUCCCGAGAUCUUUUAGGGAGAAACAAGCGAAAGCGGCUAGAAAGAGAUACAAAAGAAGUUUGAUAAGAGUGCAGUUUCCUGAUGGAGUUGUGCUUCAAGGCGUGUUUGCUCCAUGGGAACCAACCAUUGCUCUCUACGAGUUUGUGAGCUCUGCUUUGAAAGAACCGAGUUUGCAGUUCGAGCUUUUGGAUCCUGUGCUGGUUAAACGGCGAGUGAUUCCACAUACUCCAGCCCCAGGACAGAAAUCAAGAACCCUAGAGGAUGAAGAACUUGUGCCAUCAGCGCUCAUCAAGUUUAGACCGAUCGAAACUGACUCUCUUGUCUACACAGGUCUCUGCAAUGAACUCCUGGAGAUCAGCGAACCACUCUCAUGAUCAUUUGUGUUCCACAGAAGAUUUGGCUUGAAACCAUAAAAUAUGGUGUGAUUGAAUAAUAUUCCGAGUUUGUGAUUUGAGCACAUUAUAUAGGGGUUACGAAAAAUUUGUGUAAUUUUUUGCACUAAUAACAAUCAAAUUUGAAGAUUCAUCAUGUCCAAAAUAUUGUUCUUUU